ACUGUACCCCACGCGUAGGAUUUUCGAACACACCCUUACGAGAUGUAAGCUGAUAAAAAUGUGGCACUUGAUUUUUUAGGAAAUUGUAUUCAUGAUUCUGAUUUAAUUGCAUGUGAUCAAAAAUCGUAUAACGAUAUGUCGAUUAAAGAAAGCGGACAGCGAUUAUAUUAUCUUGCAAGAUCAUCUCGGUGGACUAACGGACUGGGUGCCCUGCUACCGCCAGAGUACAAAAAGUUCUGGAUGGAAUGGAAGAAGCCACCCGCUGCAGUUCAUUAUAUUGAAAAGAAAGGCACUUAUACGACAAAUAAGUUUGGGGAAGUACAUCCAGUACAGAAUGUACCAUUACCUCUAUUGUAUCCAAAGGAAAUUGAUAAAGGUCUAUGGGGAGGAGAAGCCAUUGUGCAAGGCUUCAAGAAGAAGGGUAAAUAUAAGAGAAGGGUUCCACACUUUUGGAUACCUCAACUGAAGAAGUCUGUUGUCUAUAGCGAAGUUCUUGACUCAUAUAUGAGUGUUGCUGUUACUCAGAGAACAAUCAAAUUAAUUCACGAAAAUUAUGGAUUCGAUCAUUAUCUAUUAAAGACAGAAGCUUGCGAUUUAAGAUCUUUACUUGCUCUGAGAUUGAAACGUAAGAUACUUACUGCAUUAGCAGAUAAGACUUUAUAUCCUGAUGACCCAGAAAAGCGUGAGGAGGUGUAUGCCAAGUAUGAGAAAUAUCUGUCGGUUUACACAAGAAAGCAAAUAGAAUGGUAUGGUUUGACAUUUCCAGAAGCUUCGAUAAAGUGGCUGAAAAUGAAUAAAACAAUACCACAACCUUUGAAAAUUCGAUAUAGAGCAGAAUUAAUUGCCAAACUCAAGGAGAAUAAAAUUAAAGAAGCUGAAAACGUAGAUGUAUUACCAGAGGAAACAAGUUCCUCUUGGUUAAAUAAACUAAAUCCUUUCUCCAAAAGUCAGAAGAACAAAUAGGUAAAAAAUUUCUAUUUGUGUUAGAUAAUGCAAAGAAAGUUUCAACCUAAUUUCUUGAAUAUUACAAACUUUCUUUGAGAUGCAUUUUUUGACAAAUAUAUUAAUGCAAUAAACAGAAUAAAGUAGAUUUAUUGGAACCAACAAAACAUGAUUUAUUCUCUUAGCAUAUUGCUGAUUCAAUUUCUCAUUUUUUCAAAAUGUGCAAUAAAGUUCAAUAUAUAACAA